CUCUCACCAUAUAUAGGACUUCCUCCUUACCCUUUUUCAACAUCUCACACUAUAUUGAUUGCUUCUUCAAUGGCUUCAAUAGUCUGGUUUCUUUUGCUAUUGCUAAAUAUUGCUAAAUCAUGCCAGGGAGGGAUCACCAGUCACUACGUUAGAAAAAUGGAAGCUUCUAUGGACAUGCCAAUUGAGACCUUUCCUCAACCUUUGGGUGACAAUGCCCCUGAACAGGUUCAUAUAACCCAAGGCGAUCACAUAGGGAGAAGUGUUAUAAUUUCAUGGUUGACACCAAUGGAUCGAUUCCCAAAUACGGUGACCUAUUGGCCAGCAGGGAGACAGCACAAUCACAAGCACAAAGCUCGUGCAGUAACCACAUAUUACAGAUACUAUAAUUACACUUCUGGCUACAUUCACCAUGCCACCAUUAAGAAAUUAAAGUACAAUACUCGGUACUUCUAUGAGCUUGGAAGCCACAAAGCAACUCGCAGGUUUUCCUUUGUGACUCCUCCUGAAGUAGGACCUGAUGUGCCAUACACGUUUGGCAUUAUGGGUGACUUGGGACAAACAUAUGAUUCUAAUAUAACAUUGGAGCAUUACAUAUCCAACAGAAAAGCACAAACUAUGUUGUUUGUUGGAGAUCUUUCUUAUGCAGAUCAUUAUCCAUUACAUGAUAAUGUGAGGUGGGAUACAUGGGGCCGCUUCGUUGAAAAGAGUACUGCAUAUCAGCCUUGGAUUUGGACCGCUGGCAAUCAUGAAAUUGAUUUUCUUCCUGAAAUUGAUGAAUACACCCCUUUCAAGCCAUAUAUGAAUAGGUACCAUGUACCUUAUAGGGCAUCACAGAGCACAUCUCCGCUUUGGUAUUCCAUCAAGCGUGCAUCUGCCUACAUUAUUGUCCUCUCCUCUUACUCAGCAUAUGGAAAGUAUACUCCACAAUACAGUUGGCUUGAACAAGAAUUCCCAAAGGUUAAUAGAGCUGAGACUCCAUGGCUGAUUGUUCUUCUUCACUCUCCAUGGUAUAAUAGCAACAACUACCACUACAUGGAAGGAGAAAGCAUGAGAGUGAUGUUUGAAUCAUGGUUUAUUGAAAACAAAGUCGAUCUUGUCUUUUCUGGUCAUGUGCAUUCAUAUGAACGCACAAACCGAAUAUCAAAUGUAAGGUACAACAUAACAAAUGGACAGAGCACCCCAAUCAAGGACACUUCAGCACCAGUAUACAUAACUAUUGGAGAUGGUGGAAACAUUGAAGGCCUUGCCAAUAGUUUUACUGAACCACAACCCAGUUACUCUGCCUUCCGAGAGGCAAGUUUCGGACAUGCCAUUCUUGAGAUUAAGAAUCGGACUCAUGCUCAUUAUACUUGGCAUCGUAACCAUGACAAUGAACCAAUUGUGGCUGAUUCACUCUGGCUGUACAACCGGCAUUGGUAUCCAGAAGAAGAGCACAGUUCUGCUUCCAACAUGGUUUAAGAGUUUCUGGUUUUGGUAGGGCUAGUCGGUCUUGGUCUUUUAGGUUCCACAACCUAGCUUUUAUUUUGGUUCUUGUUAUCUUUUUGCCUUUGAGUCCCAAAUACAAAACUUCUCGUUUAAGGGGUCAUUGGAAAACCAAAAUGAAUGGAAUCUGUAAAUCUCUGUUUGAACUUGGAGGAUUCACUUUUAGAAUUGUCUCUUCCGUGGUGUUGAGCAUUGGCAGAUUGUUGCAUUAAGCAACAUAAUAUCAGAUGACACCUUGAAACAA